AGCAUUCUACAAACAGUAUGAAGCACAUCAUCCUGGCAGUGGUGAUCUCCCUGGCCGCUUUGGCCAGUGGAUCGUACGUUCCGAGCAACAAGUACGAAGCAACAUACGCCGACAAGGAUUUGCUGUUCAAGCAAAAGUUCUUCUUCGAGGUGCUGCGCAACAUACACCUGCCGCUCAAGUAUGAGGAGUACCUGCCGUACACCAAGAGCUGGGUGUCGGAUGAGUCCAAGUAUCAUAACUUCCCACAAGUGGCCGAGUUCUUCGACUGGUACACGACCGGUGGUUUUGUGGAGAAGGGCGCACUCUUCACCAUCUACAACGAGGAUCAUCUCCGGCAGACCUAUCUGCUGUUCAACCUGCUGUUCAACAGCGCCGACUGGGACACGUACUAUCAGAACCUGCUGUGGGCUCGCGAGAACGUGAACGAGUGCAUGUUCAUCUACGUGGUUCAUUUCACCGUGUUCCAGCGCGCAGAUUUGCAGGGAAUCGUCCUGCCAGCUAUCUACGAGAUCUACCCGUACUACUUCUUCAACACCGAUGUGAUCCGCUCUAUCACGAACAAGAAGCUGUACGAUGCCAAGUUUGGCUUGAACGCCAACGGCAAGUACAACGUCGUGUUCGCCAACUACACCGCCUUCGAAGCGUACAAGCUGGACGCGUACAACAGCCUGAAGAGUGAGGAGUACCUCAACUACUACACCGAGGACAUUGGCCUGAACGCGUACUACUUCUACUUCAUGAUGGACUAUCCGUUCACGCUGGGCGGCGAACGGUUCGGGCUGAUCAAGGACCGCCGCGGAGAGCUGUUCUGGUACGUGCAUCAGACGCUGCUCGCUCGCUACAAUCUGGAGCGCCUAUCGAACGGCAUGGCCACCGUGCAACCGCUGGCGUGGCGCUUCCCGAUCAAAACCGGCUACUCGACGAUGCUCAGCUACUGGAACGGUGUGCCGUUCAAGAGCCGGGAAAACAACUUCGUGCUAGAUGAUGAUCUGUACAAGCGGCUCGACUGGGUUACCGGUUGGGAGAUUAAGCUGCGCAAGACGAUCGAGGAUGGUUUCUACAUGACGGACGAUGGCCAGCGUAUUGAUCUGCGGCUGCCGGAGUCGGCCGAUGCGUUUGGCAGCAUCAUGAACGUGAAUGUUGAUUCGUACGGUAUGAAGCACAUGGGGUACAUUGAAAUUUUGUCCCGUGCCCUGCUGUCAAACACGGAGUACCGGUCGAAGAAGAUGUGGCCCUCGGUACUGAUGCAGUUUGAGACGAGCCUGCGCGAUCCAAUUUUCUACCAACUGUACGACCGCUUCCUGGAUAUCUACAGCUACUUCAAGCGUUUCCUGCCAAGCUACACUUACGAGGAGCUCAACUUCAACGGUGUCGUUAUUCAGGACGUUACCUUCGACAAGCUGAUGACGUACUUUGACUUCUUCGACUCGGACGUCUCCAACGUUCUGCCCAUGCAGUCUACCGACAAGUAUUUCGAUCAUGCCGUUUACGCACGUCAGAGUCGCCUCAACCACAAGCCGUUCAGCUACACGAUGAAUGUCAUGUCGAACUACACCGGAAAGGCCGUCAUCCGGGCGUUCGUUGGUCCGAAGUUUGAAAGCAUCUUUGAUCUGCAGUACUACAAGAAGUACUUUGUUGAGAUUGAUCAGUAUCUGGUCGACUUCACCGCCGGCAAGAACACCUUCGUGCGUAACUCGCGCGACUUCUACUGGAGCGUCAAGGAUCGUACCAUGUACACCGACCUGUACAAGAAGAUCAUGCUCGGAUACAACGGACAGGAGAAGUUCGCCCUGGACAUGUCGGAGGCCCACUGUGGAUUCCCGGAUCGUCUGAUCUUGCCCAAGGGCUGGACCGGCGGUAUGCCGAUGCAGUUCUACUUCAUCAUCACGCCGUAUACGGGCAGCGAACAGCCCUACUCCUAUCACAAAUCCUUCUCCUGCGGUGUUGGAUCGGGAAUGCGCUAUUACGACAAUCUUCCGUUCGGCUAUCCGUUCGAUCGCGUCAUCAACUUCAACUACUUCUACACCAAGAACAUGUACUUCAAGGACGUGUUGAUCUAUCACAACGACGACUUUAAGAAGAUGUACUAUCUCGUGGCUGUAGUCGAACAGAAACUCGACACGAUGAAGCUCCUCAUCCUGGCGGUGGCGAUCUCCCUGGCAGUUCUUGCCAGCGGAUCUUACGUUCCAAGCACCAAGUUCGAAGCGAAAUAUGCCGACAAGGAGUUCUUGUUCAAGCAGAAGUUCUUCUUCGAAGUGCUCCGCAACAUUCACCUGCCGCUCAAGUAUGACGAAUACAUCCCGUACACCAAGACCUGGGUGUCUGAUGAGACCAAGUACAACGACUUUGCUCAAGUGGCCGAGUUCUUUGACUAUUACAAGACUGGUGCCUUCCUAGAGAAGGGCGAGCUCUUCUCCAUCUACAACGAGCAGUACCUGCGCCAGACCUACGCUGUGUUCACCUUCCUGUACAACAGCGCCGACUGGGACACGUACUACAAGAACAUGAUCUGGGCCCGUGACAACAUCAACGAGGGCAUGUUCAUCUACGUGCUGCACCUGACCGUGAUGCACCGACCGGACCUGCAGGGCAUCGUUCUGCCAGCCAUCUACGAGAUCUACCCGUACUACUUCUUCAACACCGAUGUGAUCCGCACCAUCAACUACAAGAAGCUGUACGAUCCCAAGUUCGGUUUCUAUGGCAACGGCAAGUACAACAUCGUGUACGCUAACUACACCGCUACCUACCCGAUGGACUACUACAACAACUUCUACACCGAGGAGUACCUCAACUACUACACCGAGGAUAUUGGCCUGAACGCAUACUACUACUACUUCAUGAUGGACUAUUCGUUCCUCCUGGGUGGUGACAAGUUUGGACUGAUCAAGGACCGUCGUGGAGAGCUGUACUGGUACAUGCACCAGAUGCUGCUCGCCCGCUACAACCUGGAGCGUAUGUCCAACUACAUGGGUACGGUCAAGCCGCUGGUCUGGCGCUUCCCGCUCAAGACUGGAUACUUCUCGCUGCUCAGCUACUGGAACGGAGUGCCGUUCAAGAGCCGUGACUACAACUACAUGAUCUCGGACGAGUCGUACUACAAGCUGGACUGGAUCAACGCCUGGGAGGCGAAGAUCCGCAAGAUCAUUGAGGAUGGAUUCUUCGUCAAGGAAGACGGCACCCGCAUCAACCUCCGUCUGCCGGAGUCGGUCGAGUUCUUCGGAAACCUGCUCAACUCCAACGUUGACAGUGUGGAUGCCAACUACGUCGGCUACAUCGAGGUGUUCUCUCGCCUGCUGCUCUCCGGAAACGACUUCAACGCCUACAAGGUGUGGCCGUCGGCACUGAUGCAGUUCGAGACGAGCCUGCGCGACCCGGUCUUCUACCAGCUGUACGAGCGCUUCAUGGAUCUGUACUACUACUUCAAGCGUUUCCUGCCAAGCUACACUUACGAGGAGCUCAACUUCAACGGUGUCGUCAUCAAGGAUGUCACCUUCGACAAGCUGAUGACCUACUUCGACUACUUCGACUCGGAUGUCUCCAAUGUUCUGCCCAUGCAGUCGGCUGACAAGUACUUCGACUAUGCCGUGUUCGCGCGCCAGCGUCGCCUCAACCACAAGCCGUUCAGCUACACGAUGAACGUCAUGUCGGACUAUACCGGCAAGGCCAUCAUUCGCGCGUUCGUCGGACCCAAGUUCGAUCGCUUCUUCGAUCUGCAGUUCUACAAGAAGUACUUCUUCGAGAUUGACCAGUAUCUGGUCGACUUCACCGCCGGCAAGAACACCUUCGUGCGUAACUCGCGCGACUUCUACUGGAGCGUCAAGGAUCGUACCAUGUACACCGACCUGUACAAGAAGAUCAUGCUCGGAUACAACGGACAGGAGAAGUUCGCCCUGGACAUGUCGGAGGCCCACUGUGGAUUCCCGGAUCGUCUGAUCUUGCCGAAGGGCUGGACCAGCGGUAUGCCGAUGCAGUUCUACUUCAUCAUCACGCCGUACACGGCCAAGACCUACGAGCAGGGCUACCAGUACGACAAGACCUUCACUUGCGGCGUCGAGUCGGGAAUGCGCUUCUACGACAGCCUGCCGUUCGGAUAUCCGUUCGAUCGCGUCAUCAACUUCAACUACUUCUACACCAAGAACAUGUACUUCAAGGAUGUGUUCAUCUUCCACAAUGAUGAGAUGAAAAUGAACCAGACCUACUAAAAGGACUACGCAUACCGGAAUCUUCUAGUUAAUAAAAUAGCAACACAGCAAA